ACAUAACAUAGCCAUAGGUUAGAGCAAAAAAUCAAAGAAAAAUGGGCCAAAAUCGUCCAUAUGUUUUAGUUGCAAAAGAAGUUCCGCCCGAUGUUAUGGGCGAAGAUCUCAAGUAUACUCAGCCGGAAAGGAAGCCUGUUCCUGUUUCGUUUGUACGGCAUAAAGAGUACGGUCCCCGCCGUGCACCAACCGGUCGCAUCCUUCCACAUACUAUCCUAGGUUCUGCCGAUGAAUUUGAAGAGUUGGAGCGAUUGGAGCGUGGAGUGUCGGAAGGGUAUGACGGAGGUGAAAGCGAGGAAGAGCGCGAAGAAGAGCGGGAACGAGAAAGGGAGAGAGAGGAAAAGGAACGUUCUGAUAGGGAAGAGAAGCGACGGAGAGUAGAGGAGGAGAGACAGAGAUGGUUGGGCAAAUUGCGAAUCUUUCAGAGAUAUAUAGAACUCCGCGAAACCCAUGCCCUAAAAACCUGGACCCGCCACUCCCAUGUCUGGUCCAAGAACGAAUCCCAUAUUUCCAAAGCCACCCGCCGAUCGAAAUCACAUCUUCUCAUGUCGCGGUUAAACACCCAUCGACAAAAAGUUGAAAGGUCGCGAUUGAUUGAGACGGCAUUGAGAGUGCUUGAAGAGGAGCAUGUGGAGUUUUGGAGGGUGGGAUGUAGAGUUGGCAGUGAGCUUUUGGGACUUGUUAUGCCAAUUCCCAAAGGCGGUCCUCGACAGAUUGAGAGGGUCAGAACAAUUGAUACUGCCCCACCGCCAUCGAACGACUAUUACGUGCAAAAAGCGCAGGAAUUAUCACCCAUCAUCUCUCUUUUUGAUCCCUUCCAUGAGCUGGGAGACGGGGGUUACAUGGAAGUACGAGGACACUCAAUCCUAUCGAAUCGAAUGACAUCGCUAGUCGAGAAACUUGUUACAAAGCUCGACGACCAGAACCCACCUCCACCAGUCACCGAACCCGAGCCUCAAACUUCAUCACCCCAAGGUCCCAUCCUUCAUCUCCCCCAAAAACGAUUAACCUUCACUACGGACCUCUCGGAAACGACCGCAUCGGUACUAACGAUAUAUAAUACUGGGUCGACGGCUAUUAGGUUCGAGAUUAGUAAAGUGGAGAUGGAGAAUGCGGUCGGUGUCAAGGAAGUCAGGGAUGGUGUGCAGAGAUUUUAUUUGAAGAAUUGUGGUGGGAUGAUAUUACCGGGAUUGGCGUGGGAUGUGGGAGUGGCGUUCAAGAGCUGUCGGCCUGGUGUCUAUACUGAAAAAUGGAAGAUUAUAACGGUGCCUGACGUGGGCGACGCUGAAGAGGAACUGGUUGUCACUCUGCAGGGAAUAGCAAUUGAACCCGAUACGACAGCCUCCAAACGAGUGGCCCUCGAACGCCUUCUCCAUCAUCGAGAAGCAACAACGGCUGCCAAAACUUUCCUCAACUCUCUUUUGACAAGCAUUACCAAACCACCGCGCACCAAACCACCUAAAGCGACCGCAACCCUCUCUGACAAAAAUCCAGGAUUGGGGUUGGAGUUUUCAGCGAGGAUAGUGGAGAGCUUAGAGUCUCUGGCGCAGGAAGCGUAUCGGGUGGUGGGCGUAGGGUUUGGGUGGGAUGGAUCGGUAUUGACAUUGUAUAAUGUCAUGAAUCAGAUUUCCGAGGCAGAGCUCCGAUCAACGUAUCUGCGCCGCUUAAAUGAGUGCAUCGAUGCGGCAUCAAAGAAGGAUGUGGGCAAUGGAGAGAGUCUGUUAAAUGUUGUGGGGUAUGAUAUAGUUGCCUCAUUAGCAGACCAGAUUGCGGAGACUAGUGAAGUGCUGCGAAAACGAAUGGGACUUCCUGUUGUGAGAGCGGCAACCAAAUUCUUUGAUGACGAAAAGUUGAUUGAUUUGGAUGGAGGGCUGGAAGGACCUCCCAGCGGAGCAGGCACAGCGCCCAUCGAUGCUGCGCGCAGAGCCACGCCCCCAGUGACCCAGCCCUCCGACGCGGGAGACAAGGGCAAGAAAGGCUCUGUUGCAUCCAAGGAACCAGCAGCCAAAAAGGCAUCAACACCGGGGCCAACUGGCAAACCGGGCACCAAGGGCGGACCAAAAAGCAAAACCGUUGAAAUCAAUCUACAAGAACCGGAAGCAGCUACACCCCAUCACCCAAUCGUGUUAGCCAAGGUAUCAGUCAAGCCUCGCAAGCUCGAUUCCUCCAAGGGAUGGACACGAGAACGCAGACAGAUGGAAGAUGCCUACAAACGGGAAUUCAAGCAGGAAGCCUGGCUGGCCGUUGCUUCCGCAAUCACCCGAUUGUGUGAUUUGUUUGCGGACUUGGAUGGAUAAUUGGCGGAGCUUUUUGUGUUAUAGAUAUCAAUGUAACCUUUUAAGGGUAUUAUGACGUUAUCAUGACUGUGCCAUGCAAUGUGGGAUGUGAUCAUAUC